AUGAAGGCCUUCACGUUUCUCAUUCCUCUCGUAGCCAGCGUAUGCGCAAAUGAUCCAGCAGUGAUACUUCCUGACACACUACUAUCUUGUAAGAGUGGAUACGCUCCUGCUCUGACGUGCGCUGAACCGACACCAGUCGACGAUGCGUGCACUUGCAGUUGUCGCAACGGAGUGGUCUACAACACGACCCGCCCUGAUUUCUCGGGCUCUAUCCUUCCACCUUCGGCGAAUGGAAACCAAAUUGACGGCAAGCCGUGCACUGCAGAGAUCAUCAUACCCUGGACGCAGGUUACGCUCCCCCACAAGUAUGGUACUCGAGAGCCUUCAGCAAUUGGCUCGCAAGAAGUCGACAUCCCCGAGGAUAGCGUCUUCCUAGUCGCUGAUUCUGCACUAAGAUGCCAGCACUAUGAAGUUUAUAUCGACGGUCAACGCGUAGGAGAGACUUCUGGAACAGGUGAACUGGACGGUUCUCGUUGUGGAAGUGGAGAGGAAUGCAUGGAGAAACAUGGUGGGAGUUAUGCGUAUUUCAAAAUUCUCAAAGCACGGCAGAUGCAAGCCGCCACUCCCAUGUCCGGCUCGAGUACCGAGCGUGUCGACGAAGACUCCAUAAGUGCACAUAAGACUUCGCCGAACGACAGCGAAACAUGGCCUAUUACUCGAGAAGUCGAGAUUCUCAGGCAACGUAGCGAAGCCGACGGUGGUAAACUCCGAAAACUGGGUGUAACAUGGAACAAUCUCACAGUCAAGGGUGUCAGCAAUGAUGCCGUCUUCAAUGAGAACGUACUGUCGCAGUUGAACCCAUUCGGAAAGUUCGGAAAGAACGCCCCGAUGAAGACAAUCAUUGACAACUCAUAUGGAUGUGUGAAACCUGGAGAAAUGCUCCUUGUUCUGGGCAAUCCGGGCGCCGGCUGUACAUCACUGCUCAACAUCCUAUCAAAUCACAGGUUAGGCUACGCCGAAGUCGAUGGCGACGUCUCCUUCGGAUCCAUGUCGAGUGAUGAAGCCAAGGCCUAUCGUGGUCAAAUAAUAAUGAACACGGAAGACGAGAUCUUCUUCCCUACCAUGUCUGUGGGUGCUACCCUUGACUUCGCGACACGCAUGAAGGUUCCCCACAACCUGCCACCCGAUAUCACAUCCGCUGAAGAGUACGCAAAAGUAUACAAGGAGUUUCUGCUAAAGUCCCUCGGUAAGCAGAUCUACUAUGGUCCACGGGAGGAGGCAGUUCCCUUUAUGCAAGAUCUUGGGUUCUUCUGCGAUCCAGCGGCAAACCAAGCCGACUUUCUCACAAGCGUAACGACUCCGGACGUCCGUGCCAUCGCAGAAGGCUUUGAGAAGAGGUUUCCGCGCAACGGCGAAGAAGUACGUGCGGCGUAUGAGCAGUCAUCCAUCAAGGUCGCGAUGGUGGCGGAACUCGAUUACCCCAAAAGCGAAGAAGCGAAGCAGAACACGAUUGACUUCAAGGAGAUGGAAGCCCGCGACAAGCACAAGUCCCUUCCAAAGAACACUACAGUUACUACGAGCUUCUACUCCCAGGUCAAGACGGCCGUCACUCGGCAGUACCAGAUAUUGUGGGGUGAUAAGCCUGUGCUCAUCGUGAAGCAAGUCUCUGCCUUCAUCCAAGCUCUCGUCGCUGGAUCGUUGUUCUAUCAAGCCCCAGAUCACUCGGCUGGUCUCUUCCUCAAAGGUGGCGCACUGUUCUUUUGUCUUCUGUACCCCGCCUAUGUGGGACUUUCGGAAGUGACAGACUCUUUCUCUGGAAGGCCCGUUUUGGCCAAACAUCGAUCAUUCGCUCUGCACUACCCCGCCGCUUUCGUCAUCGCCCAAGUUGCUACCGACAUACCGUUCAUGUUGUUCCAGAUGACGCACUUUGGAAUUCUCAUGUAUUUCAUGGUCGGGCUCGAGACUACCGCGUCAGCUUUCUUCACGUUCUGGAUCAUCAUCUUCGCAUCAGCUAUGGCUAUGACUGCGUGCUUCCGAAUGAUAGGGGCCGCUUUCCCGACAUUCGAUGCAGCGACCAAAGCUUCAGGCCUUCUCGUUUCAGCACUUUUCAUGUACAUGGGAUACAUGAUCAUCAAGCCUGAGAUGAAGCCUUGGUUCGUGUGGAUCUUUUGGAUCAAUCCAAUGUCAUAUGGAUUUGAAGCCCUGCUCGGCAACGAGUUCCACAAUAAACAAGUACCAUGUGUGGGUCCCAAUCUCGUUCCCACCGGGCCAGGAUACGUGCCUGGCGAAGGCGGUCAAUCGUGUAUGGGUGUUAACGGCGCACAACCUGGAGCGAGCACUCUCACAGGAGACGAAUACCUCGCAUCCAUGUCUUUCAGCCACAGCCAUCUCUGGCGUAACCUUGGCAUCAUUUUCGCCUGGUGGGCAUUCUUCGUCGCAGUCACUAUAGUCUUCACUUCAAGGUGGAAGGAGAUGGGUGAAGGUGGUCGUGGACUCCUCAUUCCCAGGGAGAAAGAGAAGAAGAAUAAGCAUAUCCAAGCCAAGGACGAGGAGUCGCAAGCUGUUGAGAAGCCACAAGCCAGCUCUGAGUCCUCCAACUCUGAUGGGACACUCGCCAACCAACUCAUCCGCAAUACAUCAAUCUUCACAUGGAAGAACCUUACAUACACCGUCAAGACUCCUUCGGGUGAUCGCGUACUUCUCGACAACGUACAGGGUUUUGUGAAGCCAGGCACUCUUGGAGCCUUGAUGGGAUCGUCAGGCGCCGGCAAAACAACACUACUGGACGUUCUCGCCCAACGUAAAACCGAUGGCACCAUCCGUGGAUCUAUCAUGGUUGAUGGACGAGACCUUCCUGUAUCAUUCCAGCGAUCGGCAGGCUAUGUUGAACAGAUGGACGUACACGAAUCGUUAUCCACGGUCUGGCUUGAGUCCCGGCAAUACGAGAAGAUGACCGAAGAGCUCGACAAUAUCGUUGCGGAAGCUGCAGCUAAGCCACCAGGUACAGUCGAUGAUGGCCAUCAGUUCGCAUCGCCCAUGUGGGAGCAAGUCAAGAUAGUCACCCAUCGUAUGAAUGUUUCGCUUUUCCGCAAUACCGAAUACGUCAACAACAAGGUGCUCAUGCACAUUCUGCUGGCCUUGCUCAACGGCUUCACCUUCUGGAUGAUAGGCGACAAUCUUCAGGACCUGCAGUUGCGGCUGUUCACUGUCUUCAGUUUCAUCUUUGUCGCUCCUGGUGUCAUCUCCCAGCUACAGCCGCUAUUCAUUCAGCGUCGCGAUGUCUACGAGACACGUGAGAAGAAGAGCAAGACAUAUCAUUGGGCGCCGUUCGUAACAGGUCUGAUCGUUUCGGAGUUACCGUAUCUGGUAGUAUGUGCGGUGUUGUACUUUGUGUGCUGGUACUUCACAGCCGGUUUGCCUGGGGCUGCAAAGUACGCCGGCAGCACCUUUUUCGUUGUGCUUGUUUACGAGUUCCUCUAUACCGGCAUUGGGCAGAUGAUCGCCGCCUACUCUCCCAACGCUGUAUUCGCCUCGCUCGUCAAUCCUCUCUUCGUCACAACCUUGGUGUCGUUCUGCGGAGUCCUCGUUCCCUACAGCCAACUCGAGCCAUUCUGGAGAUACUGGCUUUACUACCUUGACCCCUUCAACUACCUCAUGUCAUCCCUGCUUGUCUUCACCACCUGGUCUGCGGACGUGGAUUGCAGGAAGAGCGAACUCGCCAUCUUCGACCCUGCAGCCAACCAGACCUGCGGCGAGUACCUAUCAGUCUACCAGCAAGGCAUGGGCGUCGGUAUCAAUUUGCUUAACCCCGAUGCCACCGCCGAUUGCCGCGUGUGCCAGUACAAAACCGGAGCGGACUAUCUGCGGACACUGAACUUGGCGGAGGAGUACUAUGGGUGGAGAAACGCAGCAAUCGUGGUGUUGUUCUCAAUCAGCAGCUACUCUUUGGUGUACUUCAUGAUGAAGUUGAGGACGAAGGCUACAAAGAAGGCGGCCUAA